GGGAAUGAGAAGACGGCAUCUAACCGUACAACACUUAAAAUUAAUUAAACGUCUUAUGAUAUUAUUUUUUCUCUUAAUUUAUUACAACUGAAGAAUUUAAAUUUUGCUUCUUCGUAUUUCUCGCGUACAAGGGAUGUUUUUUUUUUCUAUUCUCUUUUAUAAAAGACAGUAAAAUUAUUGAAAGGCCGCGUACAAGCCGAUGUACUUUCUCUUACAUCCGCGAUGACUAGGUCAGCACGGCUCCCAUCUUAGAAGCGGCCCCUGCAAAACUGAAGCAUAAAAUCCAGCAACAGUCGAAUGCCUAGAUCAACCUCAGUGAUUCUUGGAUUUUUUUCCAUUUGUUUCAGAAGUGAGCAUGGAUCUUGUACAACAAUCCUAUUACAAUUAUGCAAACAUUUAACUUGUCAAAAUCACCAACAUAACCCCUCUGGAGGCUACAACCUGAACCAGGACUACCCACGUCGUGCAUCUGCAUCUGCAGCUAGGCUAUUGAAACACGGUCGUUGGGGUCCCUUGUAAAUAAUAUAGUAGGCCUGUUGUAUCAAUAGUUCAAGCAGUGAAACAAAUAUUCUUCCAGUAUGUCCAGUUUCCGAGAAAGCUAUUUCUCACCUGGGCCUUCAUCGCCGAAGUCCACAACUUUUAUCUGUCAUAGGCUACUGCUUAGGCUAUUGCACGGAAAAUACCUUCGACGUUAGAGAGCUAGAUUAAACGUUACGUCACUUUGCCCUCAAUAAGGGAGACGUACUGAAGCUGUUUCAAGACGAAGUUUCACUAAAGUUUUACUGGGUUGAAAAAAAGCUAAAAAAAAAUAUUUAUUGCCAGUUUAAGAUACUUUAAAUGGUGGUCUUUCAGUGGACAUAAACAUUACUUAUGUGCUUUCUUUCACUUUAAUCGAUCAAAUUUUAAUUUGGAAAAGACAUUUAUGCCACACCAGGUGAACUAAACAAUGUCUCUAGACAACCUCUGUAUAUGUAUCUAUUUUUAUGUUUGCAUACAUUUUGUUGCUUCGUUGGCUUGAACGAUAUAAGUAUGUACAUAGAUAGACCGAAUAUAUAACUUGCAUGGCUUAGUCCUCAUAGAUAGGCCUAUUAUAUUUUUCAUUUGUUCUGUAAUGUGUCCAUAAAGAUAUUCUUGCUUAUAACAAGAAAAUCACUCUUUUUCUUUUUCAGAAUUGAUUGCCUUUUUAAAGUGCUUAUUAUUUUGCCUUCUUUAAAUUUUAGCCUGUUUCAGUUGAUUUACUUGUGAAAAAGGAACAAGAAACCAUGCACAUUCGUUCAGCCUUCCCUAUUCACUUAAUAUCGCUCGAUUAGUCGCAGUACAAAAAUUAAAAAGACAAAAAUAUAAAAUAAUCGGAACAUUUUUGCUUUUUAAUAAUAUAUGAACAAACCCCUGAAAAUAAGGAGACUCCUUGGGAGUUACGCGACCGGCAUGCUGGUUUAGCGAAACCGGUCUUUUUUCAGAACAGACUUUGGUACAGUUGGGCACCAUUUUAUCGGACACUGAACGGUGACUCCAUUCAUGUCGUCGGAAUAUCCUUGCAAUUUUUCGGACCUUCCCCGCAACAGACUGUGUUUUAUUUCUGACAAAAUAAAAGCACGCGUGCUCAGUGCUUUGGAACUUCCUCACUAAUGACAUUAGACUCGUCCUCUUGUAAAGGACGAUAACACGAAAAAACCAAGUUUUGUUUUUCAUCAAGAACCCUAUUUAGAACUUGACAUCAACAAGUUGUCAGAUCGCACUGCAGUGGCGUGACAAACUGACGGUUGUCAUGGUGACCGGCAUAGGUCGGGAUGCUGAUUCGAGAGCUUGUGGUUAACAAAAAAUGUGUAUAAACCUUUUCUCAUAACAGGAUGACGUCCAGGAUUUAACCAGAUUUAAAUACCGGCAAACAAGUUGUUCAAUUGGCCCCGGGUCACGGACGUGCUUAAUUGAGGUCUGCCUGUAUAGAGUUGUGCACGAUAUAUGGUACUGAAUUAUCAUUAGCAGUGAACAAAUAAGGCUUUAGGCAGCUAUAAGCAUUCCGUGCCACUGUACUUAGGCCUAUUUCCUACAAUCGGAAGUCAAAUGAUGGGAGAUAAACACCACGAGCUUGCAAUAGUAGAAAAUUCCCGAACUGAGCGGAGAGAGGCGAAAUCUGACGAAGACUCGGAAAGUGGGGAAGACGAGCACGACACCUUAGAAACAUUUCGAGAGGAGCUUAUUCCCCGGCCUGGUUUCGGACACAAUCGGUACGCCACCCGGAAGACGGCUGCGCAGGGCAUGAUGGAUGUGGCCUUGUUGCUAGCCAACGCGUCUCAGCUGAAGUCCGUCGUAGAGGUGGGGCCAUCUCACAGUUACUAUGUCUUUCUCUUCACAAUGAUAGUCCUCUCCAUCUGCCUUCAGAUCGUUACUGGACUCAUGCUGCUCUGGGUCGGUGCCAGGGAGUCGAAAUCCAAGGACGAAGACGAUGUUAAUGAACACACGAACCGACUGAACAAUAUAACUAUCGCCAUGGUGUUUCUCAUUACCGUCGUGAACAUCUUCAUUACGUCAUUUGGUAUCGGAGACUCCGCUCAUCCCUUGAAACAUGCCACGGUGCCAACAGUCGGACAUUUGUGAUAGUCCCUGACAAAAAUUUCUCAAGUACUGAAAACUGUUUUGACGAGACGCUUCCAAAGGUCAUGUGUUUUUACAAAAACUUCAAAACGCGAACUCAUAUCCACUUGGCGUAUGCUUGGCUAGUGUACUCAACAACAACAAAACAAAUCUUGCAAAACGGAAAUGUCAUUGCGUUGACUAGACGCUUGCAAACGUCCUGUUUCAACAAAUGUUGUAUUUUUUUUUCAAAAAGACGUAUUUGACAGCAUUUACAUUUUGAAAAGACACAACUAAGGAUACGCUUGUGCCGUUUAAAACUGUGACACAAAUUUACACCAACUGCACUUCGAUACUCAGGUGCAUAUUGAAAUCACAGUGAUUUGAAUUUUUAAAAUAUUUCCACCAUUAUGCAAGAGGCGGUCAAAUAUGCACGUAUGUCAAAGUUUUGUAACCGUUUAUUCAUUUCAGGUUUUACUUACAGCAUGCAUGCAUCAAGUAACAAUCAAAGUAGCACACGUAAAACGAUUCGCUUGGGAUUCAUGUAUUUACCUUUAUUCCUGAUUUUGUUUUCUAGUUACGAUGUGUUUUGUAUUAAUUCUCGUCAUUUAUCUGUAAGAAGAUCGUUGUUGCUUCUUGCUUCAUCUCUUUGUCUAGUUAUCUUAUGCAUUUUGGGGUGAAUAUACUGGUGGUGUAAGACUGAAACCUAGCAUACUCAUACACACCAAAAACACUUGGUUUUGAACACAUGUUGAAUUCUUAACAACAUUUUGUGUUCUUUUCAUUCAACGCUGAAAUGUGUUACCCCAACACAAAAGCGUGUGUUGUACAAAUGUGAAGUACACAUUUUUGUGUUAUAAAAUGCAAACGUGCUGAACCAAAUUGAGGUGAUUACUUAAAUAACGUUGCUUUAUGCCAAAGACUACAUGUGUAUUGCAGCAUCUUUUAACCCCCAGAUGAUGUAGUAUCUAUGCGUGCAAGUCAUGCAACUUAUAGACAAUUGUUUAUAGGAGUGUCUUUUAAGUAUGGACACCUUUUUGUCAUGUUGCUAGAUACCAACAUUUAAAGCAUUGGAUUUUUCUUUAUUUAAUCCAAUUGAUUUCUUUACAUUUGAUUAUUUUAUUUCAGCUUGUUUUGAUCACUUUUUACAAAUGUGCUGUAUAUAAACGAAAUAAACAAACUUAAACAUUCCAUCCCAAGACGUCAAAAUAUAUGUAAUAUUGCUUGGC